UUUUGUUGCCGCUUCCGCCGCUUCCGUCCUCUUCGGGUCCACUCCGGCCACUCCAUUAAACCAGUCGUAAUCGCGUUCCAGGCACUGUACCUGUACUAAUCCAUAUAUUUAAUUUGCAAACAGGAGCGGCGCGUUAUGCAAGGCCGUAGCAAAUGAUUAAGUAGCACUGCGGAAACGACAGCAAGGUAAAGGUGCGGUCGGCCUCCGUGAGCUCCGUCGUCUGUCGACGAGCGUCGUCACGUGGUCAGGUUAGACGACGGGAGGUGCAGUAAGGCGGGAAUUUUGAAUUUUUGUGUCUGCUAGCUCUCGUACUUCGAUGCGAUAUCUGUCCCAACUGCUGCGGACAGCACUAAAGCGCUACAUCUGCACCACUGCCACGAGGAUGGAGCAAGGCGAAGCGGCCAAAGCCUUCUGCAACAACGGACUCGUUUGGAUUGACCUCGAGCUCACAGGGCUUGAGUUGGAGACCUGCAAGAUUAUGGAGAUUGCCUGCCUGGUGACUGAUGGUCAACUUAACCUUCUGUCGGAGGGUAUCGACAUCGCUAUUCAUCAGCCUGACGAAGUCCUUGAAGGCAUGAAUGACUGGUGCAAGGAACAUCAUGGCAAGUCGGGGCUGACGCAGGCGUGCCGUGAGAGCAGCGUGAACGUGGAAGAGGCGGAGCAGCGGGUGCUCUCCCUGGUGAGCCAGCUGGUUCCUCCGGGGAAGUGCCACCUGGCGGGGAACACCGUCUACAUGGACCGGCUGUUCCUGGCCCGCUACAUGCCCGAGCUGAACUCUUACCUGCACUACCGCAUCGUGGACGUGAGCACCGUCAAGGAACUCUGCAGACGCUGGUACCCGAAGGAAUACUGGGAUGCUCUGAACACAAAAACAGGAUCCCACAGGGCCCUGGCUGACAUCAAGGAAAGCAUCGAAGAGCUCAAGUUCUACCGGCAGAACAUAUUCAAACCAGCGGAUUCAAAAUAAGACUGAGCCUUUGUUCUUUUCCUUCCUCCUCUCACCUACAGGACUUCUGUUCAGUCCUGGUUUUCUUGAAUAUAUGAUAUGCAAAACUGUUCGAACGUCUGCCAAAAGUCUGCGCGAUGCCAUCUUUGUUAGGUCAAGAUUCGUCUGCUGUUUGUCAGGUCCGUAGCGUCGUCGGUAACAAUUGAGGCCUCCUGCUCACCGUCAUCGAUCCUCAACC